AUGGCAGUUCUCCACAACCGUAUUCCAGUCAACUGUUAUCGGGUCAAAUGCCUCGUAUUCAAAUUGAAUGCAAAUUCAUUAGAGGCAACACAAGUGAUUAAUCAGAACUGCCAAGAUCUUGGAGCCUUGUUAGGUAAACAAAAUGAUCUGGCCCUAAUCAUUGAUGGUAAAACAUUGAAGCAUGCCCUCCACUUUGAAGUUAAGAAGGGCUUCCUUAAUAUGGCCCUCUCAUGCAGAGCAGUAUUAUGUUGUAGCUUGUCUCCCCUCCAGAAGGCUGAGAUAGUGGAUAUGGUUAAGAAACAUGUAAAGGCCAUCACCCUGGCCAUCGGGGAUGGAGCCAGCCAUGUCGGGAUGACCCAGACGGCCCACGUGGGUGUGGGAAUCGGUGGGAACGAGGGCAUGCAGGCCACCAGCAACUCGGAUUACGCCAUCACACAGUUUAGCUACUUAGAGAAGCUUCUGUUGGUUCAUGGAACUUGGAAUUAUUUUCGAGUGACCAAAUGCAUAUUGUAUCGUUUGUACAAGAAUGUUGUGUUAUACAUCAUUGAGCUUUGGUUCGCCUUUGUUAAUGGAUUUUCUGGGCAGAUUAUAUUUGAACGUUGGUGCAUCGGCUUGUACAGCAUGAUUUUCACUUCACUGCCACCUAUUACUCUGGGAAUCUUUGAACAGUGUUGCAGUCAGGAGUGCCUGCUUAGGUAUCCACAACUCUACACAAUUUCUCAGACAGGCAAUAUUUUCAAUACAAAGUUAAGCAGAAGAUUAUUGCAGGUCUUUCAACUUCCCUCCAAAAGGUGCUUUGGAUUCAAUAUAUAAAUGCUUUGGUCCAUUCCUUCAUUCCCUUCUGGUUGCCCACAAAAAUGCUGGAACAUGGUAAUAGCUUCAUUGUUUCAAAUAUUCAGCAAAGAACAUGUUAUUCGCAAUGUGAGGUGUGUGUGUUAAUGUUUGUGUGUGUGUGUGUGUGUGUGUGUGUGUGUGUGUCUACAGAAAGAACUGAAGAACGAAAAUAGGAUUUAAAAUAUAUUUAGAUAUGUAUUCACCUAAAUCUAAUAGUAUAAUCUAAAUAACAGAGUGUAGUUUGAACAUUUAACAGAUGGCCUUUAGAGACCAUUCUCUUUGCCUAUGACAUGUAUAAAUUGUGAAUUUGUGCUUUUAUUGUUAAUUUUUAAUAAAUAUUUGAGAUACUAUGUGCUUUGUGAUAGAAAGCACAACAGUUCUAAUGGGUCAUAGAUUACCUCUGUUCAUUUGAAAUUUAUGUCUACUUUAUGUAUUGUUUUCAUUUCUCAAACUGCAUGCUUCAAUUUAAACUGUAACACAAGUCCAACAAGAUUAUAUAGAAAUUUAACCUUCUAUUUCAUUAUUGGACUAAGUCUCCUUUUCCUGACCUACAAUUUUCAAAAUAACAUUAUGUGUGAAUUUUUUGCCAAACUGGUUUGUGUAUAGUCAGUCCAUCCAGAAGUAAGAGAUAUAUUUAUCAAGUAUGUUACUGGUGUGUAAUGUGCUCAUAGCCACAAAUUAAGGUGUGAAAUAUAAUUAUUUUCCUUUAACCAGCUUUAAUUUUUAUUGGAUAUUAUUAACAACAUGUCCUAAUCUUGGACAUCUUUUUUUAAUUGAAUUUUGGUUGUGUGUGUUUAUGUUCAUUUGUAUUUAAAAGAGUAAAUCUGCCAUUAUAUUGCAAAAGGCUUUCCUUUUAAAACAAAUGGGCAGGGCUUCCCUGGUGGUGCAGUGGUUGAGAAUCCGCCUGCCAAUGCAGGGGACGCGGGUUCCAGGCCUAGUCCAGGAAGAUCCCACAUCUCGCAGAGCAGCUAAGCCCAUGCACCACAACUACUG